AGAGACUUCGGACGACACCAAUCCAAACCCAAAAGGCGAUUCCCUUUUUUUUCACGAACCAUUUCCUUUCUCGUACAACUUGUCUUCUGAAACUAGCCAUUUCGCACUGGGCUUACGUCUGCGAAUAGUAGCAGAAAUUCAAUCAUCUCCGAAUUUUCCUUUUUUUUUUGUUUUUUUCUUUACCUUUAUGGGCGAAAUUGAGUGAUUAUGAAUUUGAGACUCGGUGGACCUAGAGGAAUUUCAAGCCUUUUUGUCACUCUAUUUAAAGACCAAACUUGCAAUCGCUAAUCAACGCUGAAAAUUCCCAACCUUCACUCCUAUAUGUUUCUUCCUCGUGGUUUAAAUUUCUAGGAAAUUUUUACGUUGUGUACCUUUUGCAAUCCGGUGUUAAGCUUUUGGAAAGUGUAAAUUUUGAACUGAGAUGGAUUCCAGUGGAAAUGGAUUGCCAGAUAAUAAUCAACAAGAUGAUAUUGGUGCUGUUGUACGCAGUGGAAGGGAAAUUCUUUUUCAGGCUUUCAACUGGGAGUCUCACAAGCAUGAUUGGUGGAGAAAUUUAGACAGAAAAGUUCCUGAUAUUGCACAAUCUGGGUUCACUUCAGCAUGGUUGCCACCAGCAACUCAGUCCUUAUCCCCUGAAGGUUACCUUCCACAGAACCUUUAUUCCCUCAACUCUAAAUAUGGUUCUGAACACUUAUUAAAAGCUCUACUUCAAAAAAUGAAGCAACACAAAGUUAGGGCAAUGGCUGAUAUAGUCAUCAAUCAUCGUGUCGGUACUACUAGAGGUCAUGGUGGGAAGUACAACCGUUAUGAUGGAAUUCCCCUGCCGUGGGAUGAACGGGCUGUUACAUCUUGUACUGGUGGAUUGGGUAAUCGGAGCACUGGGGAUAACUUCAAUGGUGUUCCGAAUAUCGAUCACAGCCAAGAUUUUGUCCGAAAGGACAUCAUAGGUUGGCUUCGGUGGCUACGUCAAACUGUUGGGUUUCAGGAUUUUCGCUUUGAUUUUGCAAGAGGGUACUCUGCAAAGUACGUCAAAGAAUACAUUGAAGGAGCAAAGCCAUUGUUUUCUGUUGGGGAAUGUUGGGAUUCUUGCAACUACAAUGGUCAUGGCUUGGACUCUAACCAAGAUGGCCAUAGACAGCGUAUUGUAAAUUGGAUCGAUGGCACAGGACAGCUUUCAACUGCAUUUGACUUCACAACAAAGGGAGUCCUUCAGGAAGCUGUCAAGGGACAAUUGUGGCGUCUACGUGAUCCCCAGGGGAAACCACCGGGUCUGAUGGGAUGGUGGCCUUCAAGGGCUGUCACAUUUUUGGAUAACCAUGAUACAGGCUCAACGCAGGCUCAUUGGCCCUUCCCCGGUAAUCAUAUCAUGGAGGGUUACGCUUACAUACUCACGCACCCAGGAAUUCCAACAGUUUUUUAUGACCAUUUUUACGAUUGGGGCAACUCCUCUCAUGACCAAAUUGUGAAGCUGAUUGACAUUCGGAAGCGCCAAGACAUUCAUAGCAGAUCAUCUAUCAGGAUCAUGGAAGCCCAGCCUAACCUCUACUCUGCAAUGAUUGGUGAAAAAGUCUGCAUGAAGAUCGGGGACGGUUCGUGGUCUCCGGCCGACAGGGAGUGGACACUUGCAGCCUCCGGCCAUAGAUAUGCGGUGUGGCAAAAGUAAUCCUUAUACAUUCUAAUGUCCUUCAUAUUUUCUUCUUGGAAUACCUUGAAAUAGAGAGGCUGCUAGGCUGGGCUAAAUAGAAGGUUAAAGAGUAACUUCGUCUAGUAAUAUUGUGUUUGUAUCAAAUUAUCAAACUUUUUGUGUGUAUCUAAUCAUCAAUAAUAUUUAAUAAUAUUAUCUUGGGAAAGUUU